AUGAAGAGUCUGGUUGGGUAUUGUGUGCUCAUCUCAGUGUUUCUUUUGAGCUGCACGGGACAGGCUGAGAAACACCGAGAGCGACUUUCGCCUCAAGGAACAGACUGCACACGGAUUAAGGCUGUCUCACCACAAGCAUCCAGUGGGAUUUAUGUAAUCCAGCCUCCGAGAGUCAAGGCCCCGUUUAAAGUGUUCUGUGAAAUGCGGCAAGACGGAGGCUGGACGGUGUUUCAGAGGCGCAGCGGACGAGAGGUUUCCUUUAACAGGAAAUGGGCAGCAUAUAAAAAGGGUUUUGGAAACUUGAAAGAGGACCACUGGCUCGGUCUGAUGAAGGUUUUCUCUCUGACCAAGAACAAGACCAAGAAUUGGACCAUGAGGGUCGAGCUGUGGGACCACGAAGAUGCUACUGCUUUCGCCGAGUACAGAAACUUCAGGUUGGGCAGUGCAAAAUCAGCUUUCAAACUGCAUGUCGGGAAAUACAGAGGAGAUGCAGGUGAUGCCAUCCGUGGUGCCUAUCCAGGCAUUGACCAGAAUGGCUUCGGCUUCAGCACCGUCGACCACGACAGUGACGGCUGCUCCCCAUGCAUCUUUGGUGACAUUGCUCAAAUGGAUUGUACUUCUUCACAUGGUGGCGGUUGGAGGUACAGCCGCUGCGGCUCUGCCGGCCUGAACGGAGACUGGCAUCCUAGUGGUGAACACGUUGGUUGGGCGUCAGGCGUCCACUGGCAAACUUAUGCGCCUUACUCCCUGAAGACCACCAGAAUGUUGAUCAAGUCUGCGUGA